CAGUAAUCUGCGGCCAUCUAAAAGAUACAGUGGCUGUAUUAACCGAUAGCGCAUCGCGGAUUUUUCGCUAUCCAUAAAAAUUUAAACGGAAAUUGUCGUGUGCCAUGUGUGACUCUAAGUUCAGCGGCGCCCGUUAAAUAUUUUACACGAAAUAAACAAAAACAUUUAGCUCUGUGUUAAAAUGAAUUCAUCGACCGAUCCGACCCUUUCAGAUUUAAACACAAGUUAUACAAAUACACCGGAUUUAUACGCCACUAGUGUUAGCUUUGAUCCAUCCCCCGGAUUAGAGGAAGUGGGCUCCUAUGUCUGCGGAACCUUUAACUGCUCUCCAAAAGAGUUCGUGGCUUUUGUGCUUGGUCCACAGACCUUACCCCUUUACAAGGCCAUUUUGAUAACAAUUAUAUUUGGAGGCAUAUUUAUAACCGGGGUCGUUGGUAAUCUCUUAGUGUGCAUUGUGAUUAUUCGCCAUUCGGCAAUGCACACUGCGACCAAUUACUAUCUCUUCAGUUUGGCUGUUUCUGAUCUGCUGUACCUAUUAUUCGGACUACCAACAGAAGUGUUUUUGUACUGGCAUCAGUACCCGGAUCUCUUUGGCAUGCCAUUUUGCAAAAUACGCGCAUUUAUUUCCGAGGCAUGCACUUAUGUCUCCGUGUUCACCAUCGUUGCAUUUUCCAUGGAGAGAUUCCUGGCGAUUUGCCAUCCAUUGCAUCUAUAUGCAAUGGUGGGCUUCAAGCGCGCGAUUCGGAUAAUAACAGCUCUAUGGAUUGCCAGUUUUAUAAGCGCCAUUCCAUUUGGGCUGCUGUCGGAUAUUCAAUACCUUGACUACCCCGCAGAUCAUUCCCGCAUUGAGGAGUCGGCAUUCUGUUCCAUGCCGGACAAGAUUGUUAACGAAAUUCCAGUGUUUGAAGUAUCCUUUUGCAUAUUCUUUGUCAUUCCGAUGAUACUCAUCAUUAUACUCUACGGACGAAUGGGAGCCAAGAUUCGGUCUCGAACAAAUCAGAAAUUGGGUGUUCAACAUGGCACCAACAACAGAGAAACGAGAAACUCUCAAUUGCGAAAGAAGACGGUGAUUCGAAUGCUGGCCGCUGUGGUGAUAACAUUUUUCGUGUGCUGGUUUCCGUUCCACCUGCAAAGACUCAUUUACCUGUAUGCCAAGAACAUGGAUAACUUCUUGGAUAUAAACGAAGCACUCUUCUCGAUUGCGGGAUUCGCGUACUACGUUUCAUGCACCGUAAACCCAAUAGUUUACAGUGUGAUGUCACGUCGCUAUAGGGUUGCGUUCAGGGAACUCCUCUGCGGAAAAGCCGUAGGCGCCUAUUACAAUAGUGGAUUCGCGAGGGAUCACUCCAGUUUCCGGGAGAGCUCAGCCUACGACCGCGUUCAUUCCGUGCACGUCAGAGCCAGCCGACUCCCAAAUAAGUUCGAAACGGACUCCCAAUCUGCAAAUAGGGUGUUGAUAAAGAAAACCUACAGUCUCCCGCUACCAAAAAAUGCGGACUCUACAGUCCUGAGCACCACUGACAUUGUCAUCGUGCUGGAAAACAGCCACACAGUUUGCGAGGAGCCCAAAGUUGAGAAUGAUAUUUGGAUCGAAAACGAGGAGACUUGUAUUUAAGGAGGAGGCCAUUUCAACAUUUGUAGUUUAAGCCAAAGACGUCGAUUGAAAACUCGAGGUAACGAGCACAACUUUUUGUAGGACUAAUUUAAGAACAAAGAUUUGUGUAUUUGGUUGAAUUUGUGACAUGACUAGGAGUCUGUCUAAGAUAUUUAAUUAUUUCCACCACAUGUCAUAUUA